GCCACGCGCAUUUACGUCACAUUCGUAAAUCCAUAGAUUAUAAUUAUUGUGUUAUUUAGUAACUAUUAUUAGAUUUUAUUAUUAUUUUAUAAGCAGAGAGUAUUAUUAUUUGUAUUGUGUUUUUAUAAUUAUUUAUGAGUGGGGUUAAUUUUAUGAUUUAUUACCUAUGGGUAAUUUACAAUGCCAAACUGUGCUGUGGCUAUAUGCCAAAAUUAUUAUAAAUCUACGAAAGGUACCGACAUAAAAUACUUCACAUUUCCAAAGAAAGAAGAUUUAGCAAAAAAAUGGAUAAUAGCUUGCCGUAGAGAAGAUAAAAUAAAUUUAAAAAAUGCAACUAUCUGCUCAAUACAUUUUGAGGAAAAGUAUUUUGAAAUUCCUUUAAAACAAAGGCUUUUAAAUUACUCCCCCAAGAAUGCUCGUAAUUUAAAGGCUGAGGCAGUACCUACUUUAAAUUUACCUGGAGGGUCAUUAGAUACUGCUCAAAAGCAGAAAUCUAAAGAAAGAACACUAAGGACCACAAAAAGAAGACGUAGAGGAGAGGUUGAAGAUAUCAUAAAGUCAUCAGCCAAUACUUUCAAUUGUAUAUUAGAAGCACAUAACACUGAAACAAUUACUGAGGAGUCAGAGCUUCCAACACGUGUCAAACAAGAAUUAAGUUUAACAUUACAAAACUAUCAGAGAGAUCACUCUGAACUACUUAAGCUCAGACAAAAAGUAAAGAUAUUGGAAUCACAGAACAAAGAUCUUUUGAAGGAAAUCGAAGGAAUUAAAUCAACUACUUAUGAAAAAUAUAACAAUAUUUUAGCAAAAGUGUUUACACCGGGGCAAAUAAAAACGUUGUUAAACUCAAAGAAAAACAUGAGGGUUUGCUGGUCCACAGAAGAUAUUGCUUCAGCCUUUUCACUAUGGAGUGUAAGCCCAAAAGCUUACAGAUAUUUAAGAGCAAAUAAUUAUCCAUUGCCGGCACAAAAAUUGUUAAAAUUAAAUUAAAAAUUUAAAUCCGGCCAUAAAACGGAGAUAAAAAGAUUUAUGUAAAAACAGAACAAGUUGGAUAAUUCAAAAGCCU